CAACCGCACUUCCUGCUGCUAUGUCAUGCGCAAGGCCUUGACGUUCUACCCUUGAAUUCACCACCUGUACCGCAGCCGUAUUCUUUGAUACGCCGCGUACCUUUCAAGAGUGUCGUGGUGAUGGAGCAUCGCGGGGUUCUAGUUGCCAUCGCUGGCAGACGAGACGGCGUCCGAGUGUAUGCACUGGAAGAGGUUAAGCGAGCAGUUGAGUGGAGAAUCGAGAUGGAGGUCAAGCGGGAGCGUGAAAAGUCUCGCCGAGAAGAAAUCAAGAGGGCUCUUAUCGCAAAUUAUGAAGGCCGUGACAAGAACCACGGCGUUCGCAAGGACCCGGCUCGAGGAUUGCCCCAGCUCCCGUCGAGUUCGAAGUCGAAGCCGGAUCGACGAGCCACUAUGUCUGUCAGCUCCCAAUCGGACAUAUCACGGCACGCUACCGUUAAACGACCCAAAACGCCUCCAGUUCCUGUACCAUCAGGUCCGCCUCCAGCGUACAGUGGUCCCACGAGCACGAGAUCAAGAAGUAACUCAACUGUCCCGAUCAACCCUAAUAUGAACCGAGCUCGCACAAUGUCAGUCAACGACGUUCUUGCUGGCACCGCCAACCGGACUCCGCAUCCUAACGGGGACGUGAAUUCGCAUCAUCCCGAUGCUAAGUCUGAUUGGGCGUCCAGUGACGAAGAAGCCAUUGACCCUGUUGCUGCUCCCAGCGGUAGCCAAGCUUUGGACGAGAGGACAAGCGCGAUUUCCACUGUCAACAGUGCGCAGACGGUGAACCCCGCCGCUGUGGGUGCUAGAUUGGAGGUGCCACGGUCACAUACGGGCCCCACGCAAACUCGACGGAGACCGGCCAAUCUAGAUCUUAGCUUGACUCGUGCCAGCCCUCCCAGCAACGCUGUCGCGACUGUGGCACCGCCAUCGCCGACACCGACGUUGCAGACUCUGCGCCAGACUCUGAUGAGUUCGCCAGGGAGCACAGGCACUGCCCCGACGAGGCGGCCCAUGGGCCCUCAUGGUGCAGGUGCCCCUGUCAACUUUGCGGUCGCGGUGGACGAGGACGAAGGUGAACCCGCACCGUCUUCGCCUACUACACCGACCCAGGAGCGCAUCAGCUUGGCCGAGGCGCUGAUGGAAAGUCGGCUGCCAAACGUUGCUCCGCCUGGUACGAGGCAGGAACAAGAAGCGGUUAUGCUCAAUAAUGUUGCCAGCGGCGACGAGGAUGUUCUUGGUAGCCCACGGACGUCGGAAUCAUUCUCUAUCAAUACCAGGCGCAGCACGGGUGAUGCAUCCACUCGACGGCGGAGGAGAUGGUCCGUGUUUGACGGAUUCUUCCAGCCGGCAUCCCCGCAAUCGUCUCAGACCGGCAUCCCGUUCGCAUUGGAGAACAGUCCACCGCCCCCUGCACCUCCUCCGGAGACUCGAGAGCGUCAGCCCAGCGCAUUGACGCGGUCCCAGUCCACACGUGCGCUAACUACGACGUCGCAACCCGCGUCUGAUAACGACCUUCCCCGGCCGUCUACCGCUCCCGGGCGUGACGGGAGCGUGUAUUCCCUGCCUGCGCCAUCGCUGGGUAUACCGCCAGCUGCCAGCUACUCCCAGCCAUCUUCGGCGCCCGCCUCUCGGUUCCUGCCCCGAAUAAUCACGAAUGCAUUUCAUGGUAGGCGUUCUGACGAUAGACCAGGCUCGCCUAGGGCUAUGGAAAACGACGGCCGGAAGAGCAUGAAUACUCCUAUAACUGUGCCUGCCCCUGCGCCGAAACUGGAGUAUGUCAAACUCCCCGGCACCAAGGGUUCGGUCAUGAUCAAGGCCGUUGAGACAGCUAAGAAGAGCUUCCUUGCUAUCCUCUGCGGUGACAAUGGGGAGAAAGUUGAGCUCUUCGCCGGUACUUACCGCACCGCUCUUGGUCUGUCCCGAACGUUCAUUCUGCCCGACUCACCACGAUCUCUGGAACUUCAACUCCAGGGUGAUGACCUUGUAGAGGUCUUCCUUGUGUUCUCGCAAAACGUCUUCGGUCUCGAGCCAGCUACCGUUCGCGUUCGAGAAGUGAGGAUUGGACGAGCAGAGCGCAGGGCGGCGCGGAGACGAUUGCGAGGAACACAGCAGGUUGCGGAGGCUGCUGACGCUGAAAACACCCCCGGUGAAGAGGACACUGCGGUCAACGUGACAAUUGGCGUUUCCGUAACUGCAGCAUCGCCUACCCCGAAUGGCAGUGGUGACAACACGGAACUGACUCCAUUGUCAAGCCCAAUGCCUGGUACCAUGCAUCCUGCGGAUACCCAGGCUGCUACUUCGGCGGCAGAGAGCGGGAGCGUAGCAAUGUCGUCCAUCAAUGCCGAUGAGUUGGCCACGUUGGCGGCGGCUCAUACGAGCCCUUACACAACAUUCCAGCAGCUCACCUUUGCGCCUAACUUCCCUUUGGCAACCAUUGCUGAUGAGUACAUUAUCCCCCCGACAUACUCGUCCUUCCUCGACUACAGGAAAAACCAUGAGCCGGAGUCGGAGGACCAGGACCUCACGCAGGUGCAAUUCACUCCUCCGGGGCUCCCCGCUCCCAUUGUUAUGCCCCCAUCACAGUGGUACUACAGAGACCCGAAAGGUGUCAUGCACGGACCUUGGACUGCUACUGUCAUGCAACAGUGGUACAAGGAAGGCCUCCUUCCUCUUGAUCUUCCUGUCCGAAGAGAGGAGGACGCCGACUACGUUCUCUUGAAGGACCUCCGGCUGCAGUGCGUGGACCCAAUACACCCCUUCAAAUUACCAUCUCCGCCGUCUACGACAUCGAUACCGACUCAGCUGAUACCGCCAGUCGACUCUUCUAAGCCCUUACUGUCCCCAAUAUCCUUGCUAGCUCAGCCCAAGCACUUCGGGCCUCCCGCACUAUUCUUCUCUUCGCGUGGCGGUCACAGCACAACCAUUGUCGACGCAAGGGGUCGCUCUGUGCUUAAGGGAAGGUUCAUGUGGAGCACAGAUGAUGACGAGGACAAGGGUUUUCUGUCGGGUUCUCCACGCCUCGGUGACGUGAAGCGACUCGAAGCAUUCGACGUGAAGGAUCGGGCGGUGCUUGUCGCUAUGCGCCAAGGAGGUCUCGAGGCCGUCGACUUCGGCGACGCGCUGCUUCUUCCGGCAGAUCACUCGCGCACCUUGUUCCCACACUUCCACCCCCCAACAUCCAGCAUCAAUCGUCGCGGCUCGUUCGUAUGGAAGAUCGGAACCCCCACUUCAUCCUCAACUGGAUCGCCUCUUCCGGCGCUGACAGCGAAAAUACCCCAUCGCUUCCAUCCUAAGAGGCAGAAUGCUGCCCUCUCGAAGUCUCCGGGACGCACCGACUUCGCGGGGUCAACAGACGGUGACCCUGAUCAUCCACGAGACGAGGUCUUCUUCCUUGGACGGAAGGGCGAUGAUGUGUACUUCUGUGAGAGGAGAUAUGGCGCUUUCCGAGUUCUCAGGAUUUCCCCGCUAUCAUCUGCCGCGUAAAAUAGCUGGUGCUGAUCACGUUCUCUUCUCUGUGUUUCCUGUUGGUGAUAGCUGCUUUAUUUUUCUUGCACGCAAGUUAGACAUUUCCCGGACCCUCAUUGCCACUGUCAUCGUCGCAUCCAUG